CCAGUGAGUCUGCGCAGUGAGUGUAAACAGGAAGAGAAGAAUUAGACUGUUAAGGAGCGAGACGUGAGAAUUAAUAGGUUGCGACUGUUUUUAGUAAUUAAGCUCAUUUUCCAUUCUGUACACGAAAGAUUAUUUAUUCGUGCUUGCGUAUUUGUUACGAAAUAUGUGUCAUACUGCAGAACCGUGACAACAAGGUCUGCUAGAGGAAAGAGAUAGCGUUAAUGUCCGGUUACCCAGCUAGCUAACAACAGCUCUGACAGGAUUUUGACGCUUUGGAGAAUCUCGUUCAGCUAAAUGGCUACAUAAACAGUCGCAUGAGUGGAUAAAAGUUUUUGCUGAAGAAUUGUUAUUGAAACUGCACUCUAUAAAUAAUGCUAGAUUGUCAUAGCUAAAUAGUGACGCUUUAAAUCUGUAUAUCUUCUCAGCCGACGCCAUGGCCCACUAACCUAACUGGCUAACGCAAUAUUUAUCUAGCUAAGUUAGCCACUUCUCAAAAAGAGGACUUCCUCAGCAUUAGCGACGUUUUGUUUAACUUCAUUAGCUGCACCUAGAAAUGGUUCAGAAAGAUAAAUUAGUGGAAUUGGUCCAGCCGGACCCUGAGCCGUGCCCGGGAGGGACAGAGGUCGGUGUGGUGGAGGUCCAGAGCUCGGUGGAAGAGCACAGGGUUGUGACUGAGAGAGCAGGCCGCAGGAAAUUCAUCAGCGGUGUAGUUGAGGGCUUUUAUGGUCGACCAUGGACAAUGGAACAAAGAAAAGAGCUAUUUCGGAGACAGCAGAAAUGGGAAUUAAACACAUAUCUGUAUGCGCCUAAAGACGACUACAAACACAGAAUGUUCUGGAGAGAGAUGUACUCUGUGGAGGAAGCAGAACAACUCAUGACACUGAUAGGUUCUGCAAAAGAGCAUGGAAUUGAGUUCAUUUAUGCCAUUUCACCUGGCCUGGACAUAACGUUCUCCAACCAGAAGGAGGUUUCUACACUGAAAAGAAAAUUAGACCAAGUUUCUCAUUUUGGAUGCAAAUCGUUUGCUGUACUUUUCGAUGAUAUUGAUCACAACAUGUGUCCAGCCGACAAAGAAGUAUUUAGUUCAUUUGCACAUGCACAAGUUUCUAUUACUAAUGAGAUCUACCAGUAUUUAGGAGAGCCUGAAACAUUUCUGUUUUGCCCCACAGAAUAUUGUGGAACAUUUUGUUAUCCAAAUGUGGCCCAGUCUCCUUACCUGCGUACCGUUGGUGAAAAGCUGCUGCCUGGCAUUGACAUUUUGUGGACAGGUCCAAAAGUAGUUUCUAAAGACAUAACGGUAGAGUCUAUUGAAGAGGUGACAAAAAUCCUGAGGAGACCUCCUGUCAUCUGGGACAAUAUUCAUGCCAAUGACUAUGAUCAGAAGAGGUUGUUUCUUGGCCCUUAUAAAGGCAGGUCCACAGAACUAAUUCCUCGGCUGAAAGGAGUCCUCACCAACCCCAACUGUGAAUUUGAGACCAACUUUGUGGCAAUUCACACAUUAGCAACAUGGUAUAAGUCUAAUAUGAAUGGAGUGAGAAAGGAUGUUGUCAUGACAGACAGUGAAGACAGUACAGUGUCCAUUCAAAUAAAGUUGGAGAAUGAGGGAAGUGAUGAGGAGUUGGAGACAGACGUUCUGUAUAGUCCACAGAUUGCCCUUAAGCUGGCUCUUACUGAGUGGCUCAGCGAGUUUGGAGUGCCUCAUCAGUACAACAGCCGUCAGGGAACUCACAGUGGUCCGAAGAGUGCCACCACUGAUGUGCCUUCCAUGACUACUCCCACUUUAGGAUCCUCUACUACAGUAACCACAGUUUUUCAGCAGCCCAUUAUGAGCCCUGCGGCUCCUCUCAGUGAGGAACCACACACCCUGCACAAAGAGGAGGAGGAGGAGGAGGUGGAGGUGGAAGUAGAGAAGAAGGAUUCAGAUGAGGAGCCAAUGGAGAUGGUGUUAGAAAAACAAGAUGAAGUAGAGGAUGCCAAGAAUGUCAAUCAGAUCCUCACAAAAAUUGUUAAAGCAGCAAUGACUGAGGAGCUCAAACCCAUGGACACUGAUAAGGAGAGCAUAUCAAAGACUCCAGAGAUGUCAGUUCAGGAAGACUCCAGUAGUGACAUUGCACCCAUGCAGACUGAUGAGCAGCUCAAUAAAGAAAUGUUUGUUCCAGGACCAGAUGAGAAACCGCUGUUCACAGCCGAGGCACUCACACUUGAAGACCUGUCUCUGCUGGCAGAACUGUUCUACUUGCCAUACGAACAUGGUCCUAAGUCAGUGCAGAUGCUCAAAGAGUUCAACUGGCUCAGGGCCAACACCAGCAUUGUUAGUGUAAACUCCAAAUGCAAGGACUCUGAGAAAGUGGCUGAGUGGCACACCAGAGCAGAAAAUUUCGAGAAGAUGUGCUGUGCUGUCAUGCAGAUGUUCACCCGACUCUCCAACUCGGCCAAUCGAACCAUUUUGUAUGACUUGUAUCCCUAUAUCUGGGAUAUAAAAAGUAUCAUCUCUAUGGUGAAAUCAUUUGUCCAGUGGUUAGAUGGAAGAAUCCUCAGCACAAGUUUCUACUGCUAUUGGAUGGACAGUGGACUAUGGUGUCGUAGUCAGUCCUCAGCACAGUUCUUAAGUGGAGACCAAGAGCCCUGGGCCUUUAGGGGCGGUCUAGCGGGAGAGUUCCAGCGACUCUUGCCAAUAGAUGGGGCAAACGACCUUUUCUUUCAGCCACCACCAUCAUUGCCAACUUCCAAAAUCUAUUCCAUAAGGCCUUACUUUCCUAAAGAUGAGGCUGCUGUCUAUAAGAUCUGCAGGGAAAUAUACACAGAGGCAUGUGAGGGUAUUCCUUUCUCUGACCAGGAACCAGACCUGAUUGGGGACAGGUUAGUGGGAGGGUUUUUGACACUCAGCCCAGACUACGGCUUUGUCCUGGAGGAUGAGGAGGGGAUCUGUGGCUAUGCUUUAGGCACAGUGGAUGUCAAGCCCUUUGUUAAGAAAUGCAAGGUGAGCUGGAUUCCAUUCAUGCAAGAAAAGUAUAACAAGCCUGAUUCAGAGAAGGAUCUGUCUGAGGCAGAGAAAAUGAUGCUAAGCUUUCAUGAGGAAGAGGAGAAUUUGCCAGACUCAUUUCUUAGUAACUUCCCCUCGCUCAUAAAGGUGGACAUUCAUGCCAAAGUGACAGAUCCCAGUGUGGCCAAAAGCAUGAUGGGCUGUCUCCUUUCAUCCUUGAAGGCCAAUGGUUCUCAUGGUGCCUUUUGUGAGGUCCGGCAGAUAGACAAACGGAUGUUGGACUUCUAUGGCAAACUUGGCUGCUUUGAAGUAGCCAAAAUGGAGGGCUUUCCAAAAGAUGUAAUUAUAAUGGGAAGGAGUUUGUGAAAGGGAGCUAUGUGGAAGCCUCUACUGCCCUUGAAAGAACUUGUACAAAGCUACAGUGGUCUGCAUGAAAGACCUGGGGUGUGUCUUACUACCUGUAACGAUUUACACAUUGGUACCAUUUGGUUGCGCUCAAUGUGGCCUGUUAUUAUAGUUUAUAUUAUAAAGUGUGCUCUUCAGAAACAUCUGAAAGUGUUUGCAGAACUUAAAGUGCAUCUGAUGGUUGCGAUACUUUGCAAAUCAGAAGGGUGUGUGUGUGUCUUUAUUUUUUUUCAAUGAGACCCUCUUCUGGUCUUAAAAAACAGCUUGAGCUGGCCCGAUACCAUUUAGCCCAUUACACAUGUGGAUGGUUGCAUUCAAGACACAUUCACUAUAUUGCAGGUUUUACUGAGUGUAUUUAAGUGCUACACAAUCAGGCAGAUUAAAGUGCUGAUUUAAACUAAAACUAUUGAGCAGAGGAAAAUUUACAUUUUUUUUUUUACUUUUAUUUUUCACACUCAACUGACUAUUCAGCUGUACUCUACAAGCAAGUUAAGCUGCUACUUUAUUUCUCCAUUUUCCAGUUUCAAACUGUUAAAGCAACAUUAGAAUUUGCAAAGCAUCUAACUUGGGAUGUUUUCAGAGAAGUAAUUCAUUGGAAUUUCUAGGAAUGCACAUAUAAGGAGCUUGUAUGUCCUUUAUAACUGCAUGGGACAUUUCCUUUUUGCUUCGGUGCAAGGCUUGUGUAUCUUGAUGAUUAAGUUGUGUUUCGCCAGUUUCACCAGUAUUUUUUGCAGAACACCCCCAAUUCAUACACGGUCAGAGGUUAUGUCACAUAUAUAUUCUCCAGUCUCAACAAGAACGUGAAUUAGUCAUAAAGUAUGUGUCUAAAUGAGAUUGGAACCUUUAGUAUAAAAAGGCAGUGAGUUGUAUGAAAGUGAGAGGUCUGCAAAGACAGCCAAAUUUGGUGAUAUUUUGAUGGUUGAUUCGAGUUGCUUGUAAGUCAAUGCUUACGGUGUCGAAACAGAAUUUCAGCUAUGAAGGAGAGGGAUGAUCAUAGAGAAAGUGUGGGUUUUGUUCCCUCUAUCUGAUUGAUUGGGUUUAUUAGUAGCAAGCACUCAUCUUUGUUUUUGUCUGAUUUGAGCCAGUUCUACAUACAGGAAAAAUUCUCACAAUUAAUAGACUGUCUAAAUACA